AUGAGUCAAGAUACUUCUAAUUUCCUUUUCGGACUUAUAUAAAUCAAAUAUCCAGCUAUUAAUGCUUUAAUUAUUGACAAGUAACUACCUUUGUUAGGAAGAGUUAAUUUCUCAGUGUCUAAACUUUACUUUCAGUUCUUAUUCUAUUUGGGAUUAGCAAGUUCUAGCUACUUUUUGUUCAAGGGCACACAAACAUUAGGUAAAUGGUUCAUAGACUAUGUGAGAUCGUGCUACAAUUCAAAGAAAUUUUUAGCCAGUAAGAUUGAAAAGUAAAAUUCAGAAUAUGAAAGAUAUUACGCAGUCAUUUACGGUGCAGGUAAUAGAGCAGGAAAUGCAUUUGCGCACUAUUUAGCAACAAAAGGCUUCAAUUUGAUCUUGAUUGAGAGAGACUUAAUGCCAUUAAAUGAUGUGGAAAUUAGCAUUAAGUAAAUGCUUAAGAAAAACACACCAUAGAUCAUUAAAAUUGUGCUUAAUAAGUUUGAUCAAGAUGCCCUAAGUAAAAAUUUGGAUGGUACCAAAGACUUGCCAAUUAAAUUGUUUAUCAAUUGCAAGAAUGCCAAAAGAAAGUGCACGUCUGAAGGGCAUAGUAAUAAGCUUAUUCCUGAUUUGAAUGAUGGUAAUGAGUCAGAUGAUGUAGAUGAGAUAAAAGAUCCUUAGAAUACUACUACAGAUGUCAUCACUAGAGAAGAGGUUUAUUUCACAGGGAAAGAGAAUAUAGAAGGUCUCUCCUGCCUGCUAAAUAUAUAUCUAGGCCAAAUGAUCUAAUUAUCCUAAAACCCAGCAAUUCUGAACAUAAAUAAUGAUUAGGACUUUGAUGAACACAAUAUAAAAAAGGGUCAGUUAUUUUACCAAGCAAGUGUGAGAUUCCAGGACACAUUUACUACCCUCUUACAAAGAUAAAUGAAAGGAGCUAUAAAGACCAUCAAUGUAAAGGCAAACUUCAAAAAAUUAAAAGAAGACUAGGCUUAGUAAUACUAGAUGUGUGAAAAGGCUUUCUGCUACCUUGGAAUUAAAGAUACUAUAUCAAUUAAAUGA